CAAGACCAUGGGGAAGCUGGUGGCGCUUACCCUGCUGGGCGCCGGCCUGGCCCUAAUCGGGGAGAGGUUAAUGACGCUUAGAGAAAGAACUAAUGCAUAUCGAGAAGUGGAGCCAGUAGAACCCCAGAACUGCCACCUUAUUGAGGGAGUUGAAAAUGGCUCUGAAGAUAUUGACAUACUUCCUAGGGGGCUGGCUUUUAUCUCCAGUGGAUUAAAAUAUCCAGGCAUGCCAAACUUUGCACCAGAUGAGCCAGGACAAAUCUUCUUGAUGGAUUUAAAUGAGCAAAACCCAAGGGUCCAGGCACUAAACAUCAGUGAUGGUUUUGACAAAGCAUCAUUUAAUCCACAUGGGAUCAGUACUUUCAUCGACAAAGACCAAAUUGUUUAUCUUUAUGUUGUGAAUCAUCCCCACAUGGAGUCCACUGUGGAGAUAUUCAAAUUUGAGGAACAACAACGUUUUCUGGUACACCUGAAGACUAUAAAACACGAACUUCUCAAAAGUGUGAAUGACAUUGUGGUUCUCGGAGCAGAACAGUUCUAUGCCACCAGAGACCACUAUUUUACCAACUUCUUCUUGGUACUAUUAGAGAUGGUCAUGGAUCUUCGCUGGACUUACAUUCUUUUCUACAGUCCAAGAGAGGUUAAAGUGGUGGCCAAAGGAUUUAGUUCUGCCAAUGGGAUCACCAUCUCACCAGACAAGAAGUAUAUCUAUGUAGCUGAUAUACUGGAUAAGAACAUUCAUGUAAUGAAAAAACAUGACAACUGGGAUUUAACUCAACUCAAGGUAAUCCAGUUGGGCACCUUAGUGGAUAACUUAACUGUUGAUCCUGACACGGGAGAUGUUUUGGCAGGAUGCCAUCCUAAUGCCAUCAAGCUGCUGAUGUAUAAUACUGAGGAUCCUCCAGGGUCAGAAGUACUUCGGAUCCAGAAUGCUUUGUCUGAGAAGCCCAGGAUAAGCACUGAGUAUGCCAACAAUGGCUCAGUGCUUCAGGGCAGCUCUGUGGCUUCUGUGUACCAGGGGAAGCUUCUCAUAGGCACCGUAUUUCACAAAGCUCUGUACUGUGUGCUCUAGAGUCCAGAUAUUCCAAAAAGUCUACAUAUUUGGUAAAAGUAAACCCUUAAUUAUAUGAUAACUGGAACUGUAAGUAAAUGACAA